GGGCUGGCCCGGGAGCGCAGCCCGGAGCCGUUUAGUCUGUUUGGCCGUGGGCGACGUGGCCAUGGGGCGCUUCGCAGGGCUCCGGCUCGAUCCGGCCGCCUCCCUCCUCUUGUUCCUGGCCCUGCUGCGCUGCGCCGCCGCCUUCGUGCUGCGGGAGCGCUCGGCGGAGCGCAACGACAAACCCAUCAUCGGGAUAUUGGCACAGGAGUGCCACUUUGGUGAGUUCCAGAGCUUUGGAAGAUCUUAUAUUGCAGCUUCAUAUGUGAAAUUUGUGGAAUCCGCUGGUGCCCGGGCUGUGCCAAUAAGAUUAAAUCUCACAGAUGAAGAAUAUGACAGAAUAUUCCAUUCUAUUAACGGGGUACUUUUUCCAGGAGGUGGUGUGGAUCUUAAGACUUCAGAAUAUGCGAGGGUUGCUAAGAUAUUUUACCACAAGGCGUUAGAGGCUAAUGAUAACGGAGAUUAUUUCCCAGUAUGGGGAACAUGUCUUGGACACGAAGAGCUUACGUAUCUCACAAGUGGCGAAAUUUUACUUGUUAAUACCAAGACAAAUGGUUUCUCGCUCCCUCUGAACUUUACCUCAGCUGCAAAAGACAGUAGAUUGUUCAGGAAUUUCCCUGAUGAUGUAUUACACGCAUUUGCUACUGAGCCACUGACAUCAAACUUUCAUGUAUGGAGCCUCUCCAUGGAGAAUUUCACAAAUAAUGAGAAGCUUCGUAAUUUCUAUAAUGUUCUGACGACUAACACUGAUGAUGAAGUGGAGUUUAUAUCUACCAUGGAAGCAUACAAAUACCCAAUUUAUAGCCUGCAGUGGCAUCCAGAGAAAAAUCCUUUUGAGUGGAAGCAUUCUCCAGGCAUUCCACAUUCCCCAUCCGCUGUAAGAGCAGCAUACUAUAUGGCUGAUUUCUUCGUUAAUGAAGCCCGGAAGAGCCUGCACCAUUUCCCCAGUGAAGAUGAGGAAACAAAAGAAUUGAUUUAUAAUUAUGAUCCAGUUUAUACAGGAACAUUUUCUGCAUUUCAGCAAACCUAUUUUUUUGAUUGAGUACCUUGUCAAAGGUGCAGUGUAUCUUGUCAAAGGUGCAGUGGUGUUAUUUAUAAAUGGAAUUAUUUGCCAGCAUUGUGUAAUUAAGCUGAUAUAUUGACAGAAAGCCAGAACAGUUUUUCUUUACAAUGAUUUAUUCUGCACUGUUGGAACAUUAAUAUAAAAAUUUACACUCAAUACCUUAAUAAUCGUCUUGGAUCACACCUUAAGACAAGCUGCAGAAAAGUGCAUUUUUCUUUCCAGGGAAGAGGACUUGAUUAUGCUUAUAAACUUGGAAGUAAUCACCUUUAGUACAAGGAAAAGCUUUCAUAUAUUUUAAAAUAUGAGAGUUAUCUUUGUAAAAUGUUGUGGACUGUGAUAGCACUAGACACUUAGAUACAUUGCUUAGUAAAAUCCUGUCCUUUUCAAAUGAUUUAACAAAUGAGACUCUUGAAAUUGUCGUACAUAAGUGUAUGCAACCAAUUUCUUGCCAGGGAUCUUUUGUCAUUUCAAAAAUUGGACAAAAUAGUAAGGAGGCAUGAUAGCAAAAAGAUGUUUUUGCCUAAGAAGCACGUUAUAUCCGAUUUGUGAAACUGUUUCUCCUGUACAUUCAGCAUUGUUUGAGUCCUUGUAUCUUGUAAAGCCUUCUUAAAUAUAAGGAUGCAGUGUAAAGUCGGCAUUGCAAACAUCGAAUAAAAUUAGUAAGUUUGGAGGUCACAGUUAAGUGCUGAUUCUACCUUCCGUUCUUUUCAAUUCAGAUCUAUAUAUCCUCCAAGAACUUGUCUGAGAGUAACUGGAGUCAGCAGCCAGCUACGAGAUCAGACAUUCAUUGCUUUGUAUUUAAAAGAAUGUAAACCUAAGUUUUUCUCUAAAGCAUCUGACUUUUCCUGUAGCUGGAUAGAAUUUUCACUUGGAGUUGAGAGGUGGUUUGCCAUUAACUUGGUAAAGACAGUAGUUUCUUUCUGUCUUGUUGGGUAGCUCAGUGCAGCUAGAAUUCAAACAAAAGAUGAAUGUAUGUGAGAAACCUAUUUAAAGCAACGUAAUGUGAUAACAGCAGUUGCAUGCAAUACACUGAUACCUUUUUUCUUUACUUUGCUUUGCACUUAGUGAAAAUUUUGUUCAGUGGUGUUGUGUGGUGUCCGAAAAGGAACUAAGAUGAGACAAUCAUAUAUAACUCUCUUUUAUAGCACAGCUUCAAAACUCUUGUUAACAUCUGUAGGAAUUUGGAGUUUAUGAAGAAUUCAGGUUUAUACCUCAGCUCUGUUUUGUAGAACCUUAUAUUCUCAGGUACCAUAUCUGAAUAAAUCUGGUAAGUUUCUCAGGUUUUUCAAGUAAAACACUCUCUAACUUAUUCUCUAUCAUGAAGCAACUGCAUAAGAGAAUGUGAAAUGCUUCAGUUAAAAAAAAAACUGUAAGGAAACUUUAACUAUGACUACCAGAAAGACACUUCCAGGUCAUUACAAGCUUAAAUAUGUGAUAUUACAGCUUAUUUUUACAUUUGUCAGAUCAGCCAUCUUCAGGAAAUGUUUAUCUUUUUAAUAUAGGUGACUUAAGUAUUAACUGACUCCUGAGUAGAACCAAGUGUAAAAAGAGGGUUACGCUCUACAGUUGCAUAUAAACGUAGCAGCUAGGGUAUUUACAAACCAAGCCCAUUCUUCUACUUCUUUUUCAGGCUGAGUUCUUUGGAAUAGCUCUAAGAAUUUGCCUAAGUAAGGAGGGCAGGUUUUAGCCUUAAAAUCAGGGAUCAAUCUUGCAAGUGAAAUCUCUGCUAACAGCAGUGGUAGUAAUUAGUUCCUAAGUGUGUAACUAUAAGUAAUGUUUUGUGUAAUAUGGUGAGAGCAGUUUAUAUAUUAUGAAUUUGUAUGUGUCUUUCCUUUAUCUUAUAAAGCCGUACUUGAUGAUAUGCAUGAUUUUUCUAUGAUAAAUGAAAUAAACUUUUAUUCAAGCA